AUGUCUGUGUCCAGUUCAAAAUUAGAAGCCGCUAGAAAUCUGGUCAGCCAAAAACAGUACGAUGAGGCUGAGCAGAUAUAUUUGAGCUUAUUGGAUAAAGACCACUCACAGAGCAGUACAUCCGCUGCUAGUGUGGAUGACAAGCGCAGAAAUGAACAGGAGACAAGCAUAUUGGAAUUGGGACAACUGUACGUGACUAUGGGUGCGAAGGAAAAGUUGCGUGAGUUUAUUCCUCAUUCUACGGAGUAUAUGAUGCAGUUUGCCAAAUCCAAAACAGUGAAGGUAUUGAAAACGUUGAUUGAGAAAUUCGAGCAGGUGCCGGACUCGCUGGACGAUCAAAUCUUUGUGUGCAAGAAGAGCAUCGAAUUCGCGAAGAGGGAGAAGAGAGUGUUUUUGAAGCAUUCUCUAUCGAUUAAAUUGGCUACAUUACAUUACCAGAAGAAACAGUACAAGGAUUCAUUAGCAUUGAUCAAUGACCUGCUAAGGGAGUUCAAAAAGUUGGACGAUAAGCCCUCCUUGGUGGAUGUGCACCUUUUGGAAAGUAAAGUUUACCAUAAACUGAGAAAUUUAGCCAAGUCCAAGGCUUCAUUAACUGCAGCAAGAACAGCCGCCAACUCCAUAUACUGUCCUACGCAAACUGUUGCAGAAUUAGAUUUGAUGAGCGGUAUCCUGCACUGUGAAGACAAAGAUUACAAAACUGCAUUUUCGUACUUUUUCGAGAGUUUUGAAAGUUACCACAAUUUGACUACCCAUAAUUCGUAUGAAAAGGCAUGCCAGGUCUUGAAAUACAUGCUAUUAUCGAAGAUCAUGCUGAACCUUAUUGAUGAUGUAAAAAAUAUUCUGAAUGCCAAAUACACAAAGGAAACGUACCAGUCCCGGGGUAUUGAUGCGAUGAAAGCGGUUGCUGAGGCCUAUAACAACAGAUCACUUUUAGACUUUAACACGGCGUUAAAACAGUAUGACAAAGAGCUGAUGGGAGAUGAGUUAACAAGGUCCCAUUUCAAUGCAUUGUACGAUACUCUAUUAGAAUCCAAUUUGUGUAAGAUUAUUGAGCCGUUCGAGUGUGUGGAAAUAUCUCACAUUUCCAAGAUGAUCGGUCUGGAUACCCAACAAGUGGAGGGAAAACUCUCUCAGAUGAUACUAGACAAGAUAUUUUACGGUGUUCUGGAUCAAGGCAAUGGCUGGCUUUAUGUCUAUGAGACGCCGAAUCAAGAUGCUACGUACGACUCCGCAUUAGAACUAGUCGGACAGUUAAAUAAAGUUGUCGACCAACUGUUCGAGAAGGCAAGUGUCUUGUAUUAA